AUGCUUGUCGAAAUUCCUAGAUGGACUAAUGCUAAAAUGGAAAUUUGUAAAGAGGAAUACCUCAAUCCUAUUAAGCAAGAUAUCAAAAAAGGACAGCUGAGAUAUGUAGAUAAUGUGUUUCCUCACAAGGGCUAUAUGUGGAAUUACGGUGCACUACCACAGACUUGGGAGGAUCCUAAUCAUUUCGACAAGGAUACUAAUGCCAAAGGUGACAACGACCCUAUUGAUGUGUGCGAAAUCGGCUCUCUGAUUUUUGAACGAGGCAGUGUCGUGCCAGUUAAAAUUUUAGGGAUACUUGCAAUGAUCGAUGAAGGUGUAUUAUUUUUAUCUAAGAUCUUAUUUUAUUUAGGUGAAACCGACUGGAAAUUAAUUGCCAUCCACGCUAAUGAUCCUCUCGCGAAAGACCUUGAUGGUAAAUCCACCUAUUUUCUACGGUUCUAG